CGCCCAGCGGCCCGGCCCAGGCAGUCGUUGCAGCCCGACUGAGCCCGGAACUCCUCUUCCCUCACGGCCACGGACGGCUGCGUUCCGGCGGGACGGGAGUCGGCCUUCGCUGGGCUCCGCUGCUCUGUGUCCCCCACGCCUCGCUCUCUUCUCCUUUCCUUUCCUCUCCUCUCCGGCGCUGUUGGUCUCUCCGAGCGGCGACGUUGGCGCUGUGUCACCUCCCGGGCUGCUGCUCCCUGCACAUCCCGGGACGGCGCUCAGCCCUGCGGGCAGCUCUGGGCACAGACGGAGCCGUCGGAGCCGCCGGCAGGAGAACGGCCGACUCUUCCCAGCAGAGCAGGCUCCUGUUCAACUCCACCUUCCAGCCAUGAUCAUCUCAACUACAGGAGAGCAGCAGAUGGCCACAGCACAUGCAUCUCAGGAGCCCGUGAGCUUUGCGGAGGUGGCCGUGUAUUUCAGCAGGGAGGAGUGGGCGCUGCUGGACCCUGCGCAGCGAGCGCUGUACCGGGACGUGAUGCUGGAGACGUACCAGUGCGUGGCCUCGCUGGCUCCACAUCCAGUCCCCAAAUGCCUGCUGAUCUCCCUGUGUGAAGGAGGGGAUGAUCCCUGGAUCCCGGAUGUGCGUAGCCCUGAGACUGUGCCAACAGACCUCAGCCCAGGAGCUGUGAUCACAGAUUUUAAGGAGGAUCUGCCCAAAACUAGUGUAGCCGAAAGGCAGUAUAGUAGUGCAUCUGUAAGGAAAGCAAGAAAGCAUGCCCAGAGUGGCCUGGAGCAAGGAGAUCACUUCAAGAAGCCACUGAGAAAGCAUUCUGGAAGGAGAGCAAGGAACCAUCUCAGCUUCAGCACAAGUCAGAAGGAGCCUGAAGACCCCAGGUGUAAGCAAGUGUGCCAGAAGAAAAAGCAGAAGUAUUGCACUGAAUCUGGGAAAAGCUUUAGAAGUUGUUCUGAGUUUGUUAACCACCAGUGUGUAAACUCAGAAAAACAACUGUAUAAGUGCUCUGAUUGUGGAAAGAGCUUCAAAUGGAGAGCCAACCUUACGCGCCACAAGAGCAUCCACAUGGAAGAGAGACCCUAUAAGUGUCUUGAGUGUGGAAAGAGUUUCAGAAUCAGUUCUGACCUCAUUCUUCACCAGCGCAUUCACACAGGAGAGAGACCCUUUAAGUGUCCUGACUGUGGAAAGAGGUUCAAAAGAAGUUCCCACCUUAUCCACCACCAGCGCAUCCACAAAGGAGAGAGACCCUUUAGGUGCUCUGAGUGUGGGAAGAGCUUCAAACACCGUUCAAACCUCACAGUACACCAGCGCAUCCACACUGGAGAGAAACCCUUUAAGUGUUCAGAGUGUUUGAAGAGCUUCAAAAGCAGUUCCCACCUCAUCCAACACCAGCACGUCCACACAGGAGAGAGACCCUACAAGUGCCCUGAAUGUGGCAAGAGCUUCAAAAAGACUUCCCAUGUCAUUCUCCACCAGCGCAUCCACACAGAGGAGAGACCCUUCAAGUGCUCUGAGUGUGGGAAGGGCUUUAGAAGCAGUUCAAAUCUCAAAUCCCAUAAGCAUGUGCACAGAGGAAACAGAAAGUAGAAGUGUUUAAGAACAGAAAGUAGAAGGUUUAAACCAGCAGGCCGCUCAGCAGUCGUUUUCUCACUCUUCUCUUUCCCUUUGGGAUGGAGGAGAGAACAAAAGGAAAACCCAUGAAGUAGAACUUACAGGUUUAGAUGAAGUUUUCACUUAGAUAAAGGAUGAAUGUUAUGACAGUGUGCAUAUAUAUAUGAACUGUAUAACAACUGACAUGCUGGGAACUGCUCUGGUUUCUGCCAGAGGCUCCAAGUGGAGCCGUUCUCCCCAGCUGCUGUGUGGAGUGAAUUUCUUACAUCUUGUCCUGUCUGCACUGGCCCAAGGGCUACUGCAUGAGCUAUCGCCUGUUUAAUUCUUUACCAUGUGGAGCAUCUCUGUCAGCAUGCUUGUUGCUGGAUCCAGGACUGAUGAUCUGCCUAGCCCUUGUAAUUUCUCUUCUUCCUUUUCAUUAUUUUUUUUCUCCUCUUAUUGUUUUUACUACCUCAAGGCAUACUUGAAGUUCCUGUAAACAAUACAGCUUAGACAGAUUCAAGUGUGAGAGGGUGGAAACGUAGGAUAAAUGUUUUGUAGAAAUCUGCUAAUAAAGUUGAUGUUGUUUUCCA